UUGCCGGUCACCUGUGGAAAUUAUACCGCUCUGCAAGGGAACGCUGGCCAAAAAAUAUAAUUGGGACUGAUAAAUAUCUGAAAAAGAACUUGUGAUAUCCGUGUUGUCAUUUGUGAAAAUUUGUGUUGGUGCAAGAUGGCUGAGAAGAACCAUGCUGAGUGUAAAAUUGGGCCAUCUAUCUUAAACUCUGACCUUUCGUUGUUAGCAUCUGAGUCGCAAAGAAUGAUGGAUGCCGGCGCUGACUAUCUUCAUCUUGAUGUUAUGGAUGGUCAUUUUGUUCCUAAUAUUACAUUUGGCCAUCCAGUGGUAGCUUGUCUUCGGAAGAAAACAAGUGCAUUUUUUGAUAUGCACAUGAUGGUUUCUAAUCCAGAAUCAUGGGUAGAACCAAUGGCGGAUUCCGGUGCCAAUCAAUAUACUUUCCAUGUGGAGGCAACGGAUGAUCCAAAGUCAUGUAUCAGGAAAAUACGGGAAGCUGGAAUGAAGGUGGGUAUUGGUGUUAAACCUAAAACAGAUGUAGAAGUGGUAUUACCUUACAUAGAAGAUGUUGACAUGGUGUUAAUAAUGACAGUAGAACCAGGAUUUGGUGGACAGUCGUUUAUGUCUGACAUGAUGCCGAAGGUUCAGUUUUUGCGGCAAAAGUUUCGAGCUCUCGACAUUGAAGUUGAUGGAGGAGUUGGGUUGAAUACAAUAGAACAGUGUGCAGAGGCUGGUGCUAAUAUGAUUGUCUCUGGUACUGCUGUUGUGAAAAGUGAUAAUCCUCGUCAAGUAAUUCAGACACUUCGUAGUAAAGUAGAAGAUAGUAUACAAAAAGCAAACUUAGAACGGUGAUAAUUAUAUAUACCCAACUUGACAAGAAUGGAAUAUAGUUGGACAUUUUGUAUGAAUGCGAACCAAAGUUAACUUCUGAAUUAGAUUUAGUAUUGUAUUCAGACUACACUGGGAUUGAAGCUAAUUUCUGAAUUGGAUUUAUUAUGUUCCAGUCUUACACAGUUAUGAGAAUUUUCCGCGCAUAUGCAGAAUUUCGCGGAUUUCUAAGCCCCAGGGAUCGAUUUUCUGAAACAUCUAAAUCCGAAGAGAAAAUUUUAGGGGGGUAAGAAUACAAAUCUUGUUCAUUCACUGGAAGUAAACAUGCUGUCGGGUCAUUGUUGUCGGCUGUCAGUGAAGAGCUUUCAUUUUUCUUUUCACCAAUGGCGCCAUUUUAUUGUUUCAAUUGUUAGCUGCGUUGGAUCGUUGUUUACAAGUUUCAU